UGUUAUUGGGAUAAGAGUUUGCCGUACACUUUACAACUGCAGAUGAUUUUUUAAAAACAAGUCAACGGAGUCGACAGCAAAAUUGAACACUCGAAGGAAGUAAUCAUGGUGCAUUCACAUGCUUCUUAAAAUAUGUCAAGCGGUCUGUCUUCUCUAAGAACAAAGGCUGAUUGAGUGUUAGCGGCAUCGGCUAAUAAUAUCUGAAUGCAUGGAAGGCACAGGCUGAACUUAGUUAAUGCUGUCACCAUGCCGUCCUACGAAGAAUGGAGGAAAACCAUUAACUUCUAUUAUUUCGUGAAGUUCUCUCUAAAUGUCUAUUCAAUGCUCUUCUCGUUACUAGGUCUGUGCGUGCUAAGUAUUGGAGUGUAUGCAGAAGUGGAAAGGCAGAAGAAUCGGACCCUGGAGGGUGUGUUUCUGGCUCCUGCUGUAGUCCUUAUACUGCUGGGUCUUGUCAUGUUCACAGUGUCCGUGAUGGGUAUGGUGGGCUCCCUCAGGGACAACAAGACUCUACUGCAUAUGUUCCUGUGCGUGCUCUGUGUUCUGCUGGCUCUCCAGGCUCUUGCCCUCAUCAUUGCCCUCAUCUUUGAAAAGACGACAAUCAAGUUGUUUCAGAACAAUAUACGAGAGGGAAUCAAGCACUACUAUGAUGACCUGGACUUCAAAAACAUAUUGGACUAUGUGCAAGAAAAGUUUUCUUGUUGUGGGGGAGAUGAGUAUAAGGAUUGGGAAGUAAACCAGUACCACUUCUGCAAUGGCACUAGUCCUUUGGCCUGUGGCGUUCCUUACACCUGCUGCAUCCGUCAAAGUGUUGGAGAAGUUGUCAAUACACUUUGUGGCUAUAAAACUCUCAAUCAGCAGCGUGAAAUUUUAGAUGGUAUAAUCCAUGUGCGUGGCUGUAUCCAUGCUGUGAAUCUGUGGAUGGGUGACAACAUUGGUGCUACAAUUGGAAUUUGCUGUGCCGUCGGGCUACCACAGCUUCUGGGUAUACUUCUUAGCUUUGUCUUCUGGAAUCUUCUGGUGGAAAUGAGUGAGUCUGUAGAUAUGGUGGACUUCAAAAUCCUGAAACGUGCCGGAUUUAAAUACAGCGAUCUAGACCUCUCAGGGGCUGGUUGGUGUAUGUGUCUACCUCGAGAUGGAGGUUACCUGCCUGUACCUGUAGCAGAGCCUGACACCUGGUCUCCAGACCCCAUUCCUUUCGACCUGGAACAAGAACAGUCCAAAAUACCUCUCACAUAUUCCCAGCAGGAGAGCCAAAGAGUCGAGUCACCAAUGGGAAUGGAUGAGGUAGACAAUCAAGCUUAAGAACCACACAGAAAACGAGAUUGCGUCUUCAGUUUAAUUUUUUUACAUUUUUAUUUUUUUUUGUACAUAAGGUUUGCCCUUUUGCACUGUGCGUUGAGAUAAAGAGAGUUGUUAUUUGCACAAUGUGUUGGCAAAAUUGGCAUGAACCAACCAACAAUUCAUUAUUUAUUUAAGAUGAUAUGACACUGAAUUUGGAAAGCAAAUGUUUUGGAAAACAUUUGGUAACUGAGGGAAUCUUGGUAGUAUGGAAAUCUCCACAGGCUUGUAUUUAUCUAACGUUUAAGAACAUAUCACUUCAAAAUGCUGUUUACUUAAUCAGUUAUUUUUCACAUCAUUUUUAUUAAUUCUGUGUCUUUAAAAAGUUAAGGGAGUUUGACUUGUUUUAUUGGUCGUAUUGUUUUAAAUAUGUUAAUUUAUAAGGGAAAUGAUUAAUUAUUGGCAAUCAAUAAUGUUUUUGUUUUUUUAUAAUUUAUAAUUUUAAAUAUAACUUAUGCCUGUACAUCAAUCAAUUCAGGGAAAAAUUGGUAGCUUUGAAAUUCCUUAUAAAUGGUGUGACUGUCAGAUGAAGCUGUGCGUUCAUCACAAGUAGGUGCAUUGUUUCUAUAAAGUUUGACAUGUGCAUUUUUUAAGGCAGGUGCUAUUUGCACCCUGGUGUAAAUAGUGGCAGAUAUUAUUUGCACCCCAACCCUAGUGCAAAUAAUGGUAGAUACUAAUUGCACCCUGGUGCAAAUAGUGUCAGAUAAUAUUUGCAACCAUAUUUAAAUACUAACAUACAGUAUGGGCAUCACUGCAGUAUGUUUAUUGUGUGACACACUACAUUAACCCCUACUCCUAAACCUUACCUUAAAUUUGUUAAAGUUAAAAAUUUAGUUUAGUUUAAAAAAAUAAACUUUGUUUUACUGCAGUAACCAUGGCAUUUUUGUACAUUUACAGUAACCACAAAAUGGUCUGGGUAGCUAAGCAAUAAAGAUGCUGACUACCACACCUGGAGUCACAAGUUCGAAUCCAGGGCGUGCUGAGUGACUCCAGUCCAGGUUCCUAAGCAACCAAUUGGCCCGGUUGCUCGGAUGGGUAGAGUCACGUUGGGUAAACCUCCUAGUAGUCACUAUAAUGAGAUUCUCGCUCUCGGCAGGGCCGCGGAGAAUAGCGAAUAGUGGAAACAGGAAAUCGGUAGGGGAAAAAGAGUGGGACAAAAUACGGUCGCUAGGACAACCGUAGACAUUCACAUGGUCUUUAGACCCCACACCACUGCAGAGACAUCUACUGUUUAGUGUUUUGUAUAUUUCCAAGUGUCCCUGGCUGCAGCUUGCAGAACGGGGUGGGGCAACACAUUGGGGUGUGGCUACACGUGUCGCCCCACCCAUAACUUACUCUCAGUGGCUCAUCUUUUAUUGGUGUAGAUGCAUUUUAAAAUAGCGUAGCCCGGUAAUAUUUAUUAUAGUGCUGUGGUUCGUUAGUGAUAUGAAAUUGUGUUGUACCUCACGGUUCAUUGCAAACAGAUGUAGUAGGAGUCUGACUGAGCAGCCUGUUUUUGUUUCAGUCGUGUUGAAAGCGGAGGGCUAAAUUACUAAUCCUACUAUGUUGGUUGUAGUCAGUGUUGAUAUAAUUAGGAAAAAAUACUUUUAUUUUAGUGCUAUGACUCGUAAGUGACUUUGUUGAGUCGCAUGGACCGAUGAACAAACUCUGUUGAUGUGUCUGCUGUCAUUCAAAUCUGUAAAUGCAAUUUCACAAAGCAAUUUCACAAGCCAAAGACAUGAAUUAUUAAUUAAAUUAAUUAUAACAUUUUAAUUGAGUGAAAAUGUAAAAGUAUCAGUGUUGUUGUAAUUUGUAUUUUAAUUUAUGACCCAACAUAUGGAUUAUGAAGCUCUGUCUACUGCAAUUUAAUUGUAAAUUACACUCCAAUUCUCGCAAAAGUUAUAUAGAUGUAAUGUAAACGUAUUUUCAAAUUUUCUAAAAUUGGUAGACAGAAUACAAAAACCCACAUUGUUCAGUCAUUUGUUCAUAAGGCAUAUGCUUGUAUGCAAUGGGCACUUCUCUAAAAGCUUUUAGUCUCCAGGUUUGUGCCGCAUCAUCAUUAGUGAAAAUUUUCCAUGAUUAAUAAAUAAUAGAUUCUUUCAUUGACCAAGUUUGCUUUAUGCACGCCGUCUGUAUCUGCUCGAUCUAUUGAUUACUCUGUAUUUUAGGAAGUUAGUCUUUUAAUUUAUGCCAUCAAUAAUAGCAAACAAGAGGCUGAUGAAAUGAUGAAAAUUGUUAUGCCAUUCUUGAAAUAAAAUCCAUGGAAUUUAGGAUUGAAUAUCACAUACAAGUAAUCAAAUGGUUUGGCUCAACUAUUCAAUAUUUCUCAAACUGAUAACACACCAGCAACGAUGACCACAUCUCCUAUCAUGUAUGUCUAUGAAAGAUGAACGAGCCAAUGAGAUUAUGUUAUAGGUGGUUGAUGCGUGUAGCCCCGCCUCAUUCUGCAGGCUGCAGAAAGGUCCUUCCUCAACAUUAUGGAUCUUCUUUUAUUUUAAAAAGGGCAAGUGGUUUUUGUCAUUUCAUUUGAUUUUAGUAUCCUUUCUUAUUGGUAAGAUGAUGAAUUAAAAUAAUAUUUAUUGUAGUGUUGCCUUAAUUACAUCAAAAGCUUUUUCCCCCUGUACCUCAGGCUGUUCUGGAAUAGCCACCUUGAUUUACAGGUCAUUUAUAGUAAUGAUUUUUAAUACUAAAGGAAGUUCUGGCCUUGUGUUUAACACUACUUGAAGUUUAAUUUGUCUAUAGAUAAUGCUCAUAAUUAACAUUUGGUUGUUGUAAAGUGCUGUCCUAAUGUGGAGUUCAUGCUUUAUCUUUGAUUUUUGAUGAUGGAAAAAACUGACAAGUUUAGCUUGAAGGAUGUCAUAAUGCAACUGCCAUUAAUGCAUAAAAAACGCCUUUUAGUUGCAUGUAUUCAUUUUGAAUACCUCACGUUCUCACCUCUUUGCUAAUACUGAAUUCCUAUUGAUGGUGUUGUUCAAAAUAGAUUGCUCUGCUCCAGCUAAUGUAGCUCUGGUUUUGUAGUGACACUAAUGUGACUUUGAAUAAAAUGUGCUUGAA